GACCUUAUUGAAUCUAACAAAUGAUGAUAAAAAAUUUUGCAUAAAAAACAGAAUGUUCGAGACAUUACCCAUUGAUUCACCCUCUGUCCAGACAUCAGCCCUGCUUACAGUGUGCCUUCUAGUAUGUUAUCAACUGAUUUCAUGGUAUGUACGAUAUCAAAGAUGGGUAGCAGUUUACAAUGAAUUGCCGGGAAAGAAAGAAAAGCACUGGUUCUUUGGCCACAUGAACGAGCACCCAGGUCCAUCAGAAGAAGGUAUUAAAUACCAAGUAUCGUUCACAGAAUUGUUCCCAAAGAUGUUUACUGUAUGGUUUGGGAAACUACGUUGUAUUGUCAUAGUCCAUCAUCCAGAUACUAUGAGAGUAAUAAUGCGAACUUCUGCAUAUGUAGCUAGAAAACCUCGUGAUCCCGGUACAGCCUAUCAGGUUGGUUUCCAGUGGCUAGGGGAGGGUUUACUGAUAGCCAAUGGUGAUAAAUGGGCAAGAAAUAGACGUCUUCUUACACCAGCUUUCCAUUUUGAUAUUCUUCAGCCAUACAUGGGUGUCUUCAACAAAUGCACUGACAUACUUCUGGAGAAAAUUGGAAAGGUUGCUGAAACAGGAGAGGCUUUUGAGGUGUUUGAUCAUAUAGGAUUGUGUUCUCUAGAUAUUAUUACAAGAUGUGCAUUUUCAUAUAAUACUGACUGCCAAACACAAGGACAAAAACAUCCAUAUGUCCAAGCUGUACAUGAACUUUCAGAUUUAUGGAUCACAAGAUCUUUAAAAGUGGUACAUGCAUUUGACUUCAUUUAUUUCAACUUUACAAAGAAUGGGAAAAAAUUUCUAAAACUAUGCAAGUAUGUUCACGGGGUAUCAGAAGACAUUAUUGAAAAGAGAAGGCAGGCAAUAAAGCAGCAAGGAUUGCCCAAUCAAAGCAAGGCUGGAAAAUCAGGUAGUAAAAGAAGUCUAGACUUUCUCGAUAUAAUUCUUACAGCCAGAGAUGAUAAUGGUGAAGGUUUAAAUGACCUAGAAAUAAGGAAUGAAGUUGAUACAUUCUUAUUUGAAGGGCAUGAUACAACAAGUUCUGCUAUUAGUUUUAUACUGUAUGAAUUGGCUCGACAUCCAGAAAUACAGGAGGAAUGCCAGAAGGAGGUUGAUGCUAUAAUAGAAGGUCGGGACAAUGAUAAUAUUGAAUGGAAGGAUCUAUCAAAGUUUGAUUACCUAACUCAGUGUAUAAAGAAAGGACUUCGUCUUCACUGCCCUGUUUUCUUUAUACAACGCCAAGUCACAGAAGAUAUUGAAUUGGAAGGCUACAAAAUACCUGCAGGCACCAGUAUAGCUCUGGAUAUUUACAAUUUACAUCACAACCCAUCUGUAUGGGGGGAAGACAGGAAUGAAUUUAAACCUGAACGCUUCUCUCCUGACAAAGUGAAAGAUAUGGAUCCAUUUGCUUUUCUUCCAUUUAGUGCCGGACAAAGGAAUUGUAUUGGUCAGAACUUUGCCAUGAAUGAGAUCAAAGUUAUGGUUGCAAGACUUAUACACAGGUACACGUUUACAUGUAAGACUGGACAUGUUGUGAAGCGGCGUCUAUCUGUGGUGAUGAGAACAGAGGAUGGAAUUUGGCUAAAUGCUAAAAGAAGAAGUUAGGAAAUGGAAAAUUUUGAAUUUAUAGUUAUCUGUGUUUGACCAUUGACGAAAUAUCUGUGAUUUUUUUUAUUUUUUAGACAAUCUUGAACAAAUUUUCAUAAAUACUCUUAAUAUAUGAUUGUGUACAUAUAUGUGAUUACAUGACAUGUGAAAGCGACGUUCAUAUGCAUCAAAUCUAUGCAGUUAAUAUAUAUGCUUACCUUAGAACAUAGUGCUCUUGCGACAUUUUUAGAUUGAUAUCUUUGCUUGUAAUUCAAACUUACUUGUCUUUGUAAUAACAGUUCUGUAUUUUUGUUCCGAUGUUCCAAUGUUCAAUAGUGUCAUGACUCAGGUACUUACAUUGCCGUUGUUGUCAUUUUUUAAGUUUUUUAUUUUGGUCAUUCAUUAGCACGUCAGCUCCCGAGUCCUACCAAGGAAUUUGUCAAGCUAGAACGCUAUCGAGCUAAGUUAUAGAAUGUCGGUAGUCAUACUCAGUACUCAUGUGCCUGCCUGUUCGUACCUGAAAUUGUGCACAGAGGCGCAUUUUAAGGCAUCCUCUACCAGUUGAGCCGAAAUAUUAUCAUAUGACCUUCUCAGUGUUGGCGCGAUUAUAGAACCAGUAAA